UCCGUUACUUAACCCAAUCUCAUCCUAGCCAUGCAGAUAUUCGUGAAGACCCUCACGGGUAAAACGAUCACUCUAGAGGUCGAACCUUCCGACUCUAUCGAGAAUGUCAAGGCCAAGAUCCAAGACAAAGAGGGAAUCCCUCCAGAUCAACAGCGUCUUAUCUUCGCUGGCAAACAGCUUGAGGACGGUAGAACUCUGAGUGACUACAACAUCCAGAAGGAGAGCACCCUGCAUCUGGUACUCAGACUUAGAGGAGGAAUCAUCGAACCCUCAAUGCGUGCCUUGGCUAGCAAGUACAACUGCGAAAAGAUGAUUUGCCGAAAGUGCUACGCUCGUCUCCACCCGAGGGCCACGAACUGCAGGAAGAGGAAAUGCGGACAUAACUCAGACUUGAGAGUAAAGAAGAAGCUGAAGUAAAUUCUGUAUUGUUUUAAUUUUUAUCCAAAA